UUCUAUUGGGUUGGCAACAAUCUGAUAGAAAUUCAGCAUUUUAGGCCUUCAGAGUAGCAGGGCACAUUAAUAAUCAGUCAAGGGUUAGCUUCUGAUUUUUGUAGUUCUUGUUACAUCAUAUAGCGAAAAUAAUGGAUCAGUUCCGCCAGAUUGGGGAGGUUGUGGGUAGUAUGAAGGCCUUAAUGGUGUUGAAGCACGAAAUCGUAAUCAACCAAAGGCAGUGCUGUUUUCUUCUCGACGUCUUCGUUCAGGCAUUUGACAAAAUCUCUGACGAAAUCAAACAGAACCUAAGAUUAGACGAGAGGAGCGCGAAAUGGAAGCCCCUUGAGCGCCCUCUGAGAGAGCUUCAUAGGGUUUUCAAGGAAGGCGAAUCGUACAUAAAGAGCUGCAUUGACAUCAAGAACUGGCUGGGGAAGGCUGUGAGUCUCCACUUGAACAAUGACUGUGUGGAGCUUCAUGUUCACAACGUGCUCUCAUGUUUCGUUGUGGUGAUUGAGGCCAUUGAGGCUGCUGCAGAAAUCUCAGGCCUUGACGAAGAACUCAUGCAGAAGAGGAGACUCGCGCUGUUGAAGAAGUCAUGCGAUUCGGAGUGCAAUGACCCAAAGCUUUUCCAGUGGAAGUAUGGGGACCAGUACUUGGUCUCCAGAGAGACUUGCAUUCUUUUGGAGGGCAUCUGGAGAGAAGACAAAUGGCUGCUUCUUGAGUUGUUGAGGCAGAAGAAGAAGAAGCAGACCAAACUGCUGGCAGAUGCGUUGAUCAAUAAGUUGAACGGAUCAGAGACAGAUGGUAAUAAGCUGUUACCCACUUCCCUGUUACUAGAAUCGGAUGACUAUCAUGUGAAGCGGCGCAUUGGAUCAACCGGGAGCCAUCUCAAAGAAAUCCAAUGGUUGGGAGAAAGUUUUGGGCUUAGGACAUUUUAUGGGGACAUUGAACUGCUUAGGCCUGAGAUUGACAUGGUCAUGUCGAUGUGCCACCCGAACGUGCUGCAAUACCAUUGUGGGUUCUAUGAUGAAGAAAGGAAAGAGGGGUUUCUCGUGAUGGAGGUGAUGACCAAGAGCUUGGACGUACUGAUAAAGGAGAAUUCUGGGCAGAGGAAGAGAAUGUCAUUCUCCAUCCCUGUCGCAGUCGACCUGAUGCUUCAGGUUGCCAGGGGGAUGGAGUAUUUGCACACAAGAAAUGUCUGCCAUGGAGAGUUGAACCCAUCUAACAUUCUUCUAAGGCCAAUGGGUUCGUUUUCUGGCGAGUGUUACUUCCAUGUCAAGGUGGGUGGGUUUGGCUUGUCCCUUUUGAAGAGCCAGUACACCCACAGAAGCUGCCCCAGGCCAGGUGCAGAUGAUUCAUUGGUCUGGUGCGCGCCCGAAGUUGUGGCUGAGAAAGCUGCUGAUGUGGCGAAACAUUCGGAGAAAGCUGCUGACGUGUACAGCUUCGGGAUGCUGUGUUUCCAGAUUCUGACAGGGAAAGCGCCGUUUGAGGAAUGGGAGAGGCCUCUCCAGGGAGACAAAAUGGUGUACAGUUUGAUGGCUGGGGAGAGGCCACUUUUCCCACACUCAUUCCCUAAAUAUCUCAUAAACUUGAUCAAGAAGUGUUGGCAAACCAGCCCGAGCACACGCCCCAGUUUCUCUGCGAUCUGUAGGAUUCUUUGGUAUAUGAAGAAGGUGCUCAUCAUAAAUCCUGACCAUGGUCAACCCGGGUGUCCCCCUCCACUAGUCGAGUAUUGCGACAUUGAGGAUGGGUUCACCAAGAAGUUCCACAAAAAUGGGGUUUUACCUGCAGUGUCAGAAAUCCCUUUUCACAUGUUCGCGUAUAAGCUUGUGGAGAAGGAGAAGACUUCAAGAAACGAUGUGACAUGCGAUCCGGGCGAGCAUCUGGUUUCAAUAGAUGAUCUCUGCGUCAUACCCAAUGACGGGUCCCACAGGCGAUCGGCGUGCUCUGAGAUUAUAGACAGGAAGGAUUUGGGAACAUAUGCAGAUCAAAGAUCUGUCCUGUCUGAGAUCCCAUAUUCGAAGCCCUCUUUGGGUGAUCACAUUUCAACACUGUCUGAUGAAACAUCAGCAGCUUUUGCAGAUAGCCCUGACUGGAAACUGCUAUCUGCACUGCCAAAAAGCCAUUCCAUGUCUGCUACAGGCAGCAUUAAUAAAUUUAAGUUUUCCGAAUCUGCCCAGAAGAAGAAACCCGUGGCUGAGCGAAAAGGAAUGUGUUCUGAGGUUUUGGGAAAGAAGGAUUCAACUCCAAAGAGAGUCUUCACUGCUGAGCCAAAACCAGUAAGACCUGAUGAGGCUUCAGAAAAGACAUCAUCUGCAGCUGGGAAGAAAGUGGGAGACACUCAGACAGCAGUUCAUUCUGAACCCACGCGAACGAAAUUCUUAAGCAAUAUGAAAGCCAAAUUUAGGCUAACCAAAAUCCCAGAAAAGAAAACUCUGGGUUCCAUAACAGCACGACCACCAGCUUCUCCGGAUAGUCCUCAUAAAGCAACCACUUCAAAUCCAAGAAAAACACUGAAAAAUGCCAUCAUUAACUAUAGUGUGAAAGGAAAACAGCAGAGCAAUGAAGCAGCAGGGACAAUGCAACAAUAUCGGUCUCCAGGAGCUUCACCUGCAAGGGUGACAAGAACAAAUUCUUUGGGAAGAUUUUCAUCUCCACUUUCUUCACCACUGCAUCCUUCCAAAGUGCUCUCACCAGCAAGACUUCCUCCGUCAAGAUCCAUGAAUUCGUGUCCAUCUCCAAGCUUAAGAGCCAUUAAAGAUAAGCCGCAAGAAUCGUUUAUGAGCCCCCGUAGACAGAUGAAAGUUGUCUGAUGAAAGCCUAGAAAGAUGUCUUUUUUAGGCCUUCCCAUAUUUUCCCAAUUCCCAGCACAUUGGUAUAGACAUUUUUCUUCUUCAUCUUCUAAACAUUCACCCACCUUCACCACUUUUGUAAACAGAUAAAGGGUCUAGAAAUUGAAUUGAAUUUUGAUGUAAAGAAUUGUUGUAACAAGAGAAAUAAUAAUAUUUGACUGAACGCAAUGAACUUUAGGUUAAUGA